UACCUGUCCAUAGCCGCUGGAACUAGGAAUUGAGAGUGCAACUGCAGACUUUCCCUCUUUGAUUGGUUUCCAGCAGACGUGUUUUCAUUCAAGCAUCAGCUGUAGUUGGUUAAAGAUGGCGGUCGAGAUUGCGGUAGUGUGACAGUAUACAUAAGAGAAUGCCACGCCCCCCGUGUGCAGAUGAUAUGUCACAGCAGCUGAGUGCACUGAGGCAACAGCUGCUGCAGACUGGAGAAACGGAAGAAGUUGCUGCUGUUUUGCUGCCUCGCAUGAUUGAGUUGUUGUUCACCCCACCUGCAUGGGCAACACCAGAUCGUGCUGUCACCAUGUCACCAAGUUCACAUACCAUGGAAUCUCUUGCGCUUCACAGCAAAGCCAGUGCUAGAUUUCUAGAGAUUUUGCAGCAGCAGAAGCCACCACCAUCUGCCAGUCUUGUUACUGCUCUCUUGCGAGCUGCAGCUGCUAUCCUUGUUGGUUCUGAUAGUGCUGUGUCUCACAUAUGGUUAGAUAUGUUAUUAGAAGCAGUAGAUACUGUUCCUGUUGAAAUUGUUCAGUCUGAAAUACUGCCUGUAGCUGUAAGUCAGUCACAAGCGUCAAACAACACAUGGGCACGAAUCACUGCUUGUCAUCUCUUUGGGAAGAUGUGCUUAAGGCUGGAUCCACUUGAACUGCAGUCAGAGGUAAUACCUGGACUUGUAGCAUUAUGUCAAGAUGUUGCCUGGGAAGUGCGGUCUGCAGCUUGCGAACAGCUAGCUCACGCUGCCAGUUGCUUUCGAUCAUCGCCACUCUUGCUUAGCACCCUCUGCGAGCUAGGAGCUGAUGAAUCUGAAGCGGUACUGGUAUCAGUAAUAGGUGCAACAGCUUCAUCUCUGCGCAGCUUGACUCCUGAUACUUUAGUAUCAGCUGUUACACCAUUAGUGAUGCGAUUAGCUCGCGAAGCAGCAAAAGAAGGAUCACCUGUGCUUAUAGCCCUUGCCACUCAUUAUGGAGAUCUCUGUCAUGGACUGAAAGGAUACAUGUCACCAGAAGAAAGAAGGUGGCUGGUAGAUAUGUUCCAGAAUAUGGUUCGGAUGGGACUUCAGAGAAUUGGUGACACUAUGUUCAAGCACUUGAACAUCAUGAUGAUGAAUGAUGAGAACAUGGUACGCUGGACUCAACAAGUUCGUAGCCUUGCUGCUGCAAGUCUGCCAGCUGUAUCACAGUUUCUGCUCUCCGAGGAUCGUAGGGAUGUAUUACUGGGCAUUGUAAGGGACCUAGUAUUUGACCCACAUCCUCCUGUAAGGUGUUCACUUGCUUCAGGCCUGCACAAGGUAGCAGUGGUUCUUGGAGUUGAAAAUUGUGGGCUACUGAAGUAUGAUUUCACUCGACUGCUUUGUGACCAGAAUCUUGAUGUUCUCAGGGCUCUUAUGCCCAGUGUGAGACCCAUUCUUCUGUUCAUGAAGGAGGGUGGAAUAUUUUCUCCAGAUGACAUGGGCAUAAACAAUGUUGCAGCUUGUACUGAGACACUUCAAGCUCUCCUGACAUGUGAGGCUACUGUGGCUGCUACUUUGGACUGGCGAUUAUAUGUAGAUGUCAUAUCACAGUAUGAAGUUCUACCCCAAUGUAUGCCUUCUGACAUUAUUUAUGAUGCUGUCAUAUCACUUCUUCAGCAACGUAUUUUGUCUGUGAGGCAACUACCAAGUCGAUGUGCCCUCUCUAGAGCUAUUUUGAAACUUCUGAGAUUUAAUGAGAGACCAGAACACAGAGAUGACAUCCGUAACAGACUUGUUGAAAAUUUGAUGAAGAACAAAAACUCUUACCACCGCAUGUGCUACUUGAGACUGUGUGAUAUUGCAAUGGAGAUCUUCUCAGCAGCUUAUUUCAAAACUUGGUUCUUCAGCCAUGUCAUUUCCCUGUCAGAGGAUAGUGCGGCAACAUUAAGGCAAGUUGCAGCCAGGAUGCUUCCUUCAAUGAAAACACUAUGCAAAUUCCCAGAAGAUAAAAAUCUUUUGGAGAUGCUGGAUUCAACUGUGAAUCAACUACUUGAAGAUUCUGAUAGAGAGGUGCAGACUGUGGCAAAAUCUGUGCACAGUAAAUUGAAGGAAAUUGAGGUUGUAAAAGCAACAGAUGAAGUGGAUUUAAUAGAAAAGCAGCGCGUGGAAGAAGAAAUAGCAGUGGAACAAAAGGAACCCCCAGAAAGUUGGCUCCAGAGUGCAUCACUCCUGUCUGGCAUGAUAAACAAUGGCAGGACAAGGGAUUUGCAACCAUUGUUGAAGAUGUCAGUUACCAUGCCAGUUGCCACACAGACAGUUAGCACGAUAAAUGAUUUACUAUUAGCAACACAAGACCUUACUUUGACACAGUCCAGAAGUAAUCAGUUUGCUCAUCCAGCUUCCAGUGCUCAGACUGAUAGUGGCAGUACUGGCAGCGGUCGAGUUCUUCAGGGACAGGAUUUUGUAAUUGAUGCUGGUAUACAUCUCUCUGGAAAACAAACAACACAUAUACCCAGUCCCCGCAGAGAGCACAGCCAGCAGGGUCGACACCAGAACAGGAGAAGUUGGGCUGGAUCAUCUAGUCCAAAGAGCAGAGGCCAGACAGACAACAGUGCACCUUUGCAAGGGACGAGUGACAUUGAUCUUUUAGAUACAGGACAAAGUGAUAAUGGUAGAGUAGUUGCAUGUGAAGGUGCUGCAGGUGGAGCUAACUAUCAACAAAAUCCACUGCUGCAGAAUGUGAAACCAACAGGUAUAGCUAGAGGAGUGAUACAUAAUACUGUCAAUAAAGAUAGACCCGGAGCUUCCAAAGUUCCCAUGGGGAAGCCAGGACGUGCAAGUUCCUCUUUAUUAGGCAGUCCGGUGAUCAUGAGGUCUAACAGAGGUAGAGGUAACAGAGACACUUCACACAGGAAUAGUGUUGCUGCCAUCCCAGUGAGAACAGAAAAUGUGCAGCCCUCUGGUAGGCAGGGUGAGGAAGAUGGUAAGGCAUCAGUGGUACGAAGGCGUAGUGGGCAGUUUUCAGGUGGGAAGACUGCUGCAGGUGGUAGAGGCACACAAUACACACUGAAAAGAAACAGUGCGAUUGAAAUGCAUUUAGGAAAUUCCAGGGACCGAGAACAUUUUACUGGUAGGAGAAGUGCGACAUUUGAAGGAAUUCCAACUUAUCAGUCUCCAAAAUCUGUGAUUCAGGCUCAUAGAACAUCAUCAAAAACUGUGGCUAAAGAUAAGGAUAAAUUUGUGAGUUCAUCAAUUCCACCCUCUAACAUAACUGUGCAGAAGGAAAAUGAUGAAACACAAAAUGCUGGAAGCAACAUUAAAGUGUCUGCACAGGAAACGAGAGACAGCUCUGAAAAAGAAAUGAUGCCUGCUGGAAAACUGGAUACAAAUAAAAAGCUGUUUGCUAGAGUGAAUAUUUGCGGCAAAGCAGUUGGAAAUGUUGUUGAUAACAAACAUGAGAACUAUGUGGAAGAGGGCCUGUCAUUAGUGAUAAAUGAAUCCAAGGUACAGUUUGAUGAAACAAAACUAUGUAAUGUGACUGAUCAAACUAAGAAAAAUACAGCAGGAGAGAGUAAUGAGACUGUCAUAAUUUCUGGCUGUUCAACAGAAAAAGGUGAUGGAGAGAAAGCAGUACAUAAUAAUAUUAUUACUGGGAAAGUAGAAGCAAGAAGUGCCAGACAGGCAAGAAAUAAUGAUUGCUCACAAAUUAAUUACAUCAGUGCCUUAGACAAACAAGGGUCUAAGAACAAAAUGGACAAUAAUAACAGCAUUCAUAAAGGCAGCAGUGAACAGAAAGCAAUGAAUUACUUACACCUGAGGGAAGCAUCAGGGAGUCCAGAGAACCCAGGAGACUAUGGUAAUGCAGUCAGUAAAGGAGUCAUAAAGAGUAAAAUCUUAUCAGACAAUCAGCUGGAGGAUUUAGGUGGAAGGCAGCAGACCAUGUGCAACACGAUUGAUCAAAUUCCUUUUAAUGCAACUGGAAAGACACCAGUGAAAGAAGAAUUUUUAGAUGAACUAGGUGGAAAUUUCAGUCCUGUAGUGAGGAGGGAACCAGAAACUGCAGUUGCUGAGAAUGACAGGAGAGAUAUAAGCACUGAAAAAAAUGGAGAAAAAGUCAAACAGAUUUCAAGAAGGAGCUUUAACCUGGACAAUUAUGCAGCUCUGAGACCUUCUCCUCAAGAUAUGCAUUUACUGCUAAAUUCCUCCCCUACCUUUGAAAGACAAACAGUGUCAACUGUGGGUCCAGCUCAACGGCGAAUAUGUAGCAACAGGCACAGCUUUGGCGCAGUUCUGGCAACACCAGUGCCUCCGCGACGUCACAGUUCCCUUGAUCGCCUGGGUGGACCGAGAUCUGAUCUUCAUGAGGAGGGCUUGGGAUCACCUAGGAGUGGUAGCUGUCGUUCUAGCCCUACCUCAGGACUGCCUGCUAGUAAACUACCCAUCCUUAGGCGGCAGCACCCACCAUGAUCUCACUCAAUGGCUUACACUCACCACUGUGCCUUUGAUCACUAAUUCUCAGAGGCAUCAUUUAGUUGUGCUUCCACUUUCAUGAAGGAGAAAUGACUGUUUUGUUUUUGUUAUAUUUUUUUGAAAAUAAACUACUGUUGUUAAUAAA